AUGGCACAACAAGCGAGGUCAAUUGCAGCAGCAGAGCCGUUUGUACUCAAACUGCCACACCCAUAUCUUACUGCGUUCGCGAUCAACAACGUUGCUACUAAGGGCCAGCCCAUAUGCAACAAGAUAUCCCUUUCCUCAGCGAACACGACUGGGAAAGAGACCGCUCCACCUAUGCCCCUGCACAACGAUACAGUAUCCUUUACCGAUUUUGGAGUCUUGAGUAAGGAAGAAGCACCCCCAACUGGCGACAACAGUUCGUGGGCGCGCACGCGACGAUCACCUUAUUUGACUAUUACCUGGACUGGAGACCGACCAUCAGUCCCGCAGCUGUGGCUCAUUGCCUAUGCAUUGGUUUCCCUGCAUCCUCUGGUUGAAAAUUUCCGGGUACUCUUCUCUGGUCGAGAUUCUGAAGCCUUGGCUGAGGAACUGUUUGCAACCGGCUUAUUCCAUCCCCACCCCCGGGCCUCGAGUACAUUAGCACCACACGAUGGAUACUUGCUGCUAAGGGGUACCUUCUGGCAAGGGGCCGGCUCACCCUUUGGAGCUCGCCCAGUUUGGGCACCGCACCUUGAUGCUACUGGCAAGCCGAUUACCAGACAAUACCCUCCAUUUCCUUACCAGAACGCACCUUGUACUCAAUUUCCAGCUGUACCACGGCAUACUAUGCACCCCGUCCGCGAACCAAAACCUGAGCCUGGAUCAAUCAUCUACAGCCGAUGGAUACCCCAUUUGAAGGAGCACUUCACCAUGGUUGCUCUCGAUUACACCAACAGCGAGCAUCUUAGUCUGUUCCACAAUUGGCAAAACGACCCGCGUGUGGCUGCAGGAUGGAACGAGACUGGAACACUGGAUCAGCACCGCGAGUAUCUCCGAAAGCUGCAUGAGGACCCCCACGUGUUGACCAUGUUUGCUGCUUUUGACGACAUUUUCUUUGCCUACUUCGAGGUCUAUUGGGCCAUGGUGAGUGUCACUUGA